GAUAUUUCCGUUUUAUUCCGUAAAUUUAUUUAUUUUUGUAUUGAUGCAAGCGACGAAGGAAGUGAAAAUGUAAACAUGGCAAAUUGGCAGCAAAUUCUUGCACUUGAUGCAAAAUACAAUGCUUAUCGUGCCCCAAGUAACCCACAGUUUAGAACUUUAUACAUCAAAAGAAGGAGCCAAUUGCUGAGAGAGAAUGCUGCUGGAGAUAAAGAUCAGUCAGUAAGACGAGACUACUUACAUACAAGAGCCAGACUUUUGUCAACUAAAUAUGGCAGUCCUGCCAUCUCUGACCAAGGAAGCAUCAAGAGCAGAUCCUUUAGCUUUGGAGGUAGAAGUAUUAGUAAAUCUACUAUUGAGAGUCUUGAUCCAAAGCUGGCUGAAAGUAGGAAAUAUCAUCAUCGACGACAGAGAAGCAGUGGGAGUGUCAAGUUCAAUCUUGAUGGACCAAUGAAAAGAGUCUUUGAUAGUAUAGAGGUGGUGCCAACAAGGGAAGCUGAGGCUAGCAGAGCAAUGGCAGGUGGGAAGUCAGUGUCGGAGAAUUAUGCAUUUGCUGGCAUGCACCAUAUAUUUGACCAACACACAGAUGCAGUAACAAGUGUAAAGUUUGCGAAUGAUGACAAGAGUAGAGUGGCAUGCUCCUCUGUGGAUGGUACCCUGUCAGUAUGUCAAGUUAUUCCACCACCUGCUACUGUAAUAUGUAUGCUUAAAGGACACACUGAUGCUGUCUCUGAUUUUCAGUGGUCAUUAUCAAAUGACAUCAUCUUAUCUGUAUCGUUUGACAGCACUGCGAGACUAUGGAAUGUGGCGUCAGGAGAGUGUAUACGUACAAUCAAAGAUAUCACAGGGGCGGAGCUACACUCUUGUCUCUUUCAUCCAUUAAAUAAUAAUAUGUUUGUUACAGGGAACAGUAAAUAUUUUGUGCAGAUCAUCAAUGUAUCCACAGGGAAAGGUUAUAAGGGAGGAAGUUGUAAGAUUACAGGUAUAGGCAUGUCAUUGGCCUUUGACCCUACAGGAAGAACAUUAUGGGUGGGGGAUGAUAAAGGUUCAUUAUCAUCAUUCAAUGUAGAUCUGACUAAUGGGAAACUAAUCAGAACAAGAAGUAUAUUGUUUGUUUAUUUGUUUAACUCACUGUGCUUAUUUAGAAUCUCACCAAAUGGUAGUCUCCAACUAAAACAAAGGUUUUCAAUUCGACAGAAACAUGCGCGUGUUCGUAGCACAUUCUGUCCUCUAAUGUCAUUCAGACAGGGAGCAUGUGUCAUAUCAGGUAGUGAAGAUAUGUGUGUUUACUUUUUUGACAUUGGGAAGGAGAAGAAAGCAUGUGUAAACAAACUGCUAGGUCACUCUGCCCCUGUACUUGAUGUCUGCUUUAAUUGUGAUGAAAGUUUGCUCGCUUCCUGUGAUGCACAGGGAAUGGUUAUCAUCUGGAAAAGAGAGGGGAAACAAGGGGUCUUAUGAUAGAUAAAAGUGAAAACAAGAAGUGAUAAAUAAUAGUGAAAACAAAUGUUCUUAUGACGAAUUUAUGUAGAAGCAAGAAUUAAAGUGAGAAUAAAGUAAAAACAGGAGAUCGUUUUAUGAACUAAGUAAAAACAAGAGGUAUAUUAUACCAAAGGAAAAUGGGUGUUUUAUAAAGAAUUAGAGGAGAAACAUCUAUGGUUUGUUAAAAUGAAAACAAGGGUUCAUCUCAUAGUUUAAGUGGAAACCAGAGGUCAAUAAAAGAAGAGUGAGUAAUGGAUGUCAUUAUGUAGAAUGACAAGAAGACAUAGGAAAGCAUUCCAUAUGUAGAUGAAUAAUAGUAGAUGUAAUAUAUUUUGUUAUUGGAACAUAAUGUGUGUACAUGUGAUAAGCUUAAUGUGAUAAAAAAAGCUGUGAAGCUAGUUGGAUUUUUUAUGUACAUUGCAAAUUAUGUAGGUGUACAGAAAAGAAGAAAAUAGACAUAUUAUCUGGAAUACAUGUGGAUUAUGAUAACAACUGUGUGAUAUUAUUUUUGAAAAACAAAAUGUGGCAAAAGAUUUUAUUGUUUACAUACAUGAAAAAUAUCCUAUACAGAAAUCAUUAGGGACCAAGUUAUUAUGACUUACAUAUGCUACUCACAUAAUGACUUCAAAUCGUGAAAUAAAAAAUAAUUGUAAGGAGCUUAUAUUUCAGUUACACAAUUCAUUCAUGUAACACAUGUGCUAAUCAUAUCAAGAAUUCCUUUCUAAACAUGUUUUAACUAUCAAUGUUAAAGUGUUCAGUGUUGUGAUAGUAUCUGUGUUAUACAAGAUUAACAGUGAAAAUAAACACCAUGUAAAGUA